AUGGCUAAAGUAAAGCAACAAUUAUUAGAUUAUUCAAGACAACAAAGGAAAAAUGGCAGUUAUCUUUUUUUGGAAACAGCAGGUGGUAUCCAUAGUCCUGUCAUGUCAGGAACGCCCCAAGCUGAUUUUUAUCGACCUCUAAGAUUACCUACACUCCUUAUCGGUGAUAGUAAUUUAGGAGGAAUUUCAACUACAUUAACUUCUUUUGAAUCCCUACGUUUGCGUGGAUACGAUAUCCCCAUCAUUUUAUUAUUUAACCGACCUAACUAUAAAAAUCACGUCUUAAUUGGGGAGAGAGUGAAAAAGAAUGGGGUUUUACAAGUAGCUACAAUACCUCCACCACCUCAACCUAUUGAGGAUCCUAUAUCUGAGGAAGAAUCUAUGAAACGUUAUUAUACACAAGUAGAUGAAUGUUUGGUACCUGUCAUUGAACAGCUGGAUACGGCUCAUCAAGCAAGAUUCGAUCGAUUAGAAACAAUGGCUCAAAAAUCAAGAGAUAUUCUUUGGUGGCCAUUUACACAACACAAGCUUGUCAAGGAUGUGACAGUUAUCGACUCUGCAUACAAUGACUACUUUACAACUUAUCCAACAGAUGGUACUGCUAAAGAAAUGUUUGAUUCUUGUGCUAGUUGGUGGACGCAGGGUCUAGGUCAUGCUAAUCCUGAUCUAACCCUUUCUGCAGCCUAUGCUGCUGGUCGUUAUGGACAUGUUAUUUUUCCUGAAGCUACAAAUGAACCUGCGCUAUCUCUUGCUGAGACAGUCCUUCAGAACGAUAACUGGGCCUCUCGUGUCUUUUUCUCUGAUAAUGGUUCGACAGCCAUGGAAGUAGCCCUAAAGAUGGCUAUGUCUGCUACUGCAAAACGUUAUGGAUUUAGUACAAAGGAGCCCGUAGAGAUUCUUGGCAUCGAUGGUAGUUAUCAUGGUGAUACUAUAGGUGCCAUGGACGCCUGUGCCCCAAAUGUUUACAAUGAACAAGUUCAAUGGUAUCACCCCAAGGGUCAUUGGUUAAAGCCCCCCUCUGUACAUAUCUCUCAGGGACAUGCCUAUGUCCGUUUACCUUCUGAAAUAAAAGGGGAAAGCUGUAAGGUAUAUUACGAUUCCAUUGAUGAUAUCUAUUCUGUAGAUGGAAAGGGUCGACUUCGUGAUGAUAAAUCUCUAGCGGAGAUUUAUGGUCGCUAUAUUCGUACUCAACUAAAGUCUUUAAGGGACCAAGGACGUCGUAUUGGCUCGUUAUUAAUGGAACCCGUCCUCAUGGGGGCAGGUGGAAUGAUUUUUGUCGAUCCUUUAUUUCAACGUGUAUUAAUUGAUAUCGUACGCCAAGAAGGCUCACAAUUAUUAUAUGGUGUCACUGAGCGUAAUAAUAAUAAUAAGAGUAAUAAUGACUCAUGGCAAGGUCUACCGAUCGUCUUUGAUGAAGUUUUUGCCGGUUGGUAUAGAUUAGGCCGACGAUCGGCUUCUGAAUUCUUAGGAGUAACACCCGAUAUUACUGCUUAUGCAAAAACAUUGACAGGAGGACUUUUACCUUUGGCAUUAACAGUCACUAAGGAAUCCAUUUAUGAUGUCUUUUUAUCACAUAAUAAGCCAGAUUGUUUAUUGCAUGGACAUUCUUAUACUGCUCAUCCUAUGGGAUGUUCAGUAGCCAAGACAUCAAUUGAAUCUCUUAAUACAAUGGCUGCUGCUAAAACAGGUGCUUGGGCACCAUUUUGUCAAAAUUGGGAAAAGAGCCAACAUCAUUCGAUUUGGUCCAUGUGGAGUCCUCAAACAGUCGAUCAGCUGUCUAAGCUUAAUCGUGUAGAAAGCGUGAUGACACUAGGCUCAGUUUUAGCUGUAGAAUUAAAAGAUGAUGAAAGAAAAGGUUAUGGAUCUAACGUAUCCAAAUCAAUCAUUGAAAAUUUGCGUUUUGGACAAUUCAAGAAUGGAUUUGAUGGUUCUUCAGAAACAGGUAUUAAUUUAUUUGCUAGACCCCUUGGUAAUAUUAUUUAUUUGAUGACAUCUCAAAUCACUACACCUGACCGUGUUCAUCAAUGCGAACAAGCUCUCUUAGAAACACUUGCCAACUAA